GCGGGGCAGCCCCGUCGGCAGCGCUGCAGCUACCAACGCCAGCACCACCGCCAGCAGCAGCAGCAGCAGCAGCAACAACAACAGCAGCAACAACAACAGCAUGCAGCCGCCCCAGCCACAGGUACCGGCGCCGAACGGCCUGGCGGGUGGGGCCCAGCUGCCCCAGAGCCCGGGCCAUCAGCACGCGCUGCAAUACGGCGCCCGGGCCCAGGUGAACGGCGGCCGCUUCGACUUCGACGACGGUGGCACCUACUGCGGCGGCUGGGAAGACGGCAAGGCGCACGGCCACGGGGUCUGCACCGGGCCCAAGAGCCAGGGCGCCUACGCCGGCAGCUGGCACUACGGCUUCGAGGUGUCAGGCGUCUACUCGUGGCCCAGCGGCUCGUGCUACGAGGGUCAAUGGCAGAACGGCAAGCGCCACGGCAUCGGUCUGGAGAGACGAGGCCGCUGGAUUUACCGGGGCGAGUGGCACCAGGGCUUCAAGGGCCGCUACGGCGUGCGCAUGUCGGAAUCGUCGCACGCCAAGUACGAGGGCACCUGGUCCAACGGCCUUCAGGAUGGCUACGGUAGCGAGACCUACGGCGACAGUGGGACGUAUCAAGGACAAUGGUCGAGGGGCAUGCGCCACGGUUACGGCGUACGAACGAGCGCGCCGUUCGGCAUCGCGUCGUACAUCAAGCCGGAGAGUAAGGGGGUCCGGGCGUCGCUGUCGUCCCUGAGGAGCAACGAGGCACCUGCACCUCCGGGCAUGGCCCCGACGCCCGAACCCACCGAUCGCCGCGACAGGCGCGUCAACGAGAACAGAGGAGGCUUCGUGCUCAAAGCGAGAAGCGACGCGCCUCCAUCGAGGCGCGCCAGCCUCACCGAGAAGGGGCCGAAGAGGGGCUUUCUCGCUGGCUUGCGUAUGCGUAAGCAAAGGAGCACGGGAGAUCUUGAAAAGCGUGGCACGGCAGGCAGUAUCCGGAGCAAUGCGAGCACCGUGUCGUGGAUGUCGACCGAGAGCUCGCAGAGCCAGGCUUCCGCCUCGAUGCACACCGACAGCAACGCCUCCUUUGUUGUCGAGGACGAGCUGUUAGAUCCAGCCGUAACCGAGACGUACCUCGGCGAGUGGAAAAACGACAAGCGCACGGGCUACGGAAUCUCGGAGCGCAGCGACGGGCUGCGCUACGAGGGCGAGUGGUUCAACAAUCAGAAAUACGGCUUCGGCGUGACGACCUUCCGCGACGGCAGCAAGGAGGAAGGUAAAUACAAGCACAAUAUUCUCGUUUCCAGUCAGAAGAAGAAGAAUCUCUUCUACAUGCGCUCGGCCAAGUUCCGUGAGAAGAUCGACCAGGCCGUGCAGCAGGCGAAUCGGGCGAGCAAGAUCGCCCUGCAGAAGGCCGACAUAGCCGUGACGCGAACCGCCGUGGCCCGUGGCAAGUCCGAGACGGCCGAGAUGGCCGCCGAGGCGGCCCGCGAAGACUCGGAAAUAGCCAUCGCCACGGCCAAGCAGUUCGCGCCGGACUUUAAGCAGCCCGAUUUCGAAAGAGUGAAAGAGUCAUCAGUGCCAAAAUAUACCCCACCAGCCUCGGUGGCUGGUAGCCGUAGCGUACAGAGGAGGCCGAGCGUCGAUCAUCAAAACAGUAUGACACCGAUGAGGCAGCAGACGCCACAACCGCAACAGCAGCAACAGUUGCCGUCCGGCCCGUCGGACAACGAAACGAAUCCAACCCUGCAGCAGCAGCAGCAGCAGCAGCAGCAGCAGCAGAUGCAGAGCCUGAUGAAUCGACGCGCGAGCGGCAAGCCACUGCCCCAGCACACGCUCGAGCUCGAGAUGAUGCAGGCCGAGCAGAUGCAAGCCCAGAUGCAGGCCCAGAUGACGUCGCAGCCGGGGACGCCGUCGAAUCCGCCCAGCGAGAGCGCCUACAUGUACGGCACUGGCCCUCGAGGGAUGCCGGAUCAGUUUAUCAACAACAAGCAGCAGCCGUUCAAGCCGAUGAGCGUUAACGAUCUGUUCAAGGUGCCGUUCAAUCAGUUCCCGAUACACGAGCCGACGCAGUACAUCAACGAGUCCCAGGUCAAUUCGUUCGGCAUCGAUCUGCGACAUCAGUAUCAGAGCCAAGGCUAUCAGAAUCAUCAGAUGUAUAUGCAACAACAGUCACCCCAAACUUCGUACAGUCCAAUGUCCUUAAGCCAAAUGAGUCUUUAUGGAGCACAGCCCUACGGUCAACAGAUGGCGAAUCAAUACGGCUACGGACCGAUGAUGAACCAGCAGAAUCAGUACGGUAACACGAUGCACCAGCCUAACGCCUACGCUCAGAACCAUCAGAUGCCUGACCAGCAAUAUCAAGCGAACCAGCAGCAAGCACAACCGGGUGGCACAAUCAAUCAACGAAGAACCAGUCGAGUGCUGACUCCUACGGAGAGCACCGACACGGGUGUCAAGCAAACCCUCUCUGACAGAUUGGAUCAUUACAAGAAACCCCCGAGUCGAGACAAUUCAGUUGAUAGAUACAGACGGCAUCCGCUCAUAAGCUCAUCGAGGCAAGCGUCUAUGGACCAAAUGCCAUCGUCACCGACUCCUGAUAUUCCAGACAAUAGGUCGAUGAGGGGCUCCAGCGUCCUAAGGUCGCCCACACCACUGAACGGCUCCGUGGUUAUGAACAGCGGCAACGCGUCCUAUCCUGCCUCACAAAUCGGUCAGUUCGAGGAUGUUCUGCUGAGAAAUAAAAACCUUGGACAGGAAAUAUUGCCCAGUUUGGGUCAACCUAAACGAACUGAAAGUUUAUAUGUCACUCCAGGUAGAGGAGGUAGUGGUAUUGCCACCGGUGGUGGUAGUGGUAUUGGUAGUGGUGGUGGUGGUGGUAGCAAACCGAAACCAACCAUCGGCGGAGCUGGCCGAGGCAGUGGUAGUGGCGCUGCUGGUGGAGGUGGCGGCGGCGGCGGCGGUGGUGGUGCAGUCAGAAAGGAUGCGAGCCAGACGGCCCUCGCCUUCGAAGAAACAACUAAUGGUCCCGCUACCCUCAAAGUAUAAGUAUCCUCAGUCAUUACAAUCUAUCACAGUUUGUAUGAUAAACGUUAUGAUGAGGAUUGACGGCUUAUGAGAAUAAUUCAAUUACAUAUAUACUAUUUAUAUAUUAGUGUUUAUGCUUUUAUAGAAACAAAAUUUUGUAUGAGACAUUUUCAUAAUUGUUAUUUGUCCAUUUUGCUUUGGUCAAUCACUGCAUACACUGGGCGGUCAAUGGUUUUAUAGUUAAAAGAGUUUUUUUAAAUAUAGCUUUUUCAGCUUUAUUUAUAUCUUAUAGCUGAAUAUAAAAGCAUGAAAAAUAAAUGGCUCUAGGUAAGGAUUUCUUCCCUAAUAAAACACGAUAUUAUUGUCGUGCAUAGAUAGAAUUUAUGUUAGGUAGCUAUCAAAUAAAUAUUCUAUUUCUAAAAUUGAAACAUGCUAUUAAUCAAUUGUUUGAGAGCUUAUUGUCGAUUAGAUAAAGUUAGUAUUUAAUAACUUUGACUAAAAUGAAACUAGAUGUUGAGUAGAUAUAAAUUAAUGAAAUUAAUGUUUGAUGGACAGGACAGCUUUUUAUCGUAAUUAUAGUAUAUCCGACAGGUUUGAUAAUUCACUUCAUAAACUAAAAAUGAGAUUUGUCAAAAAUAAAAUAUACUAAUAUUUGAAAGAACAAUAAUAGUGGCUGCAAAGUCAAACGUUCCUAUAGCCUAUCAUAAUAAAUAGCAAAUAUUGAAUUCCUAUUCUACACUGUAGGCGCUCGUUCAUUAUGCGAAAGUUCUAUUUUUAAAAAGAUCGUUGAAUUAAUGAGCAAAUAUUUUUAUCAACUCGAGAUUAUAAAGGGUCGAAUAAUGACGUCAUAUUGAAAAUGUUAUUUAGAGUCAUUUACAGUAUUUUAAAAAAUAAUCACAACAGUGAUUUGUACUCAAUACAAGAUAGAAAAUUUCCAAUUGUUAUUUCUAUUCGCUUCAAUAAAAUAAAUGUGAAUUGAGCGUUUUAGAAUUAAAACUAUAUAAAAAUAUAACAAUGUUCGAUGUACAAAGUAUCUUACAACGAUAAAACAAGAACAUUUUAGAUUUCUUUUACGUGUAUCUUAUGACAUUUUUAUUGUGAAUAUUUUGAUAUAAAUUGUCAUGGACACCAUUUUGUUGAUGCAUAAGCUAUAAAGUAUGCAUUUGUGGGUUUUCACGCUUUGUGUAGAGGCGGGGACCAGAACAACAAAUUUUUCUAAAGUUGUGUAACGCAUGAUUAAAAUAUUAAAUUUUAACUUUGUGUACAUUUUUUUUUAUCAAUUUACAAUUCUGAUUUGCAGUAAAUAUUAAAGACAUUAUUUGCUUUUUACAGAGAUAUUUUUUUUUUUUGCAUGAUAUGUAUGAACAAAAAAGUAUGUCCACCUCCACACGAAAUCCUGUAAUGAUUUAAUUUUUUAUAUUAAAUUUUUUACGCAUGUCCAAUUCACUGUUAAUAAAUACCUAACAAACAGUGAAUCUAUCAAUGUUAAAACUAAUUUAUUGUAAGAUAAACUCACGAUUGCAGAUAUGUAUAUUUCUCAAUAUAAACUUGAAAAUGAAUUGAAAUUUGGGAAUUUAAAAACAACCAAUUAUCUUGAUUAAAGAAUAAUUUUUAAAUUAUUCAGCGAUUUCCAAGUUUGAAAACUCGGAGUUGAAAAAAUAUUUAGGCAUUCCGCAAGAUUGUUCAUUCGAACACAUUUAGAAACUAAAUCUUCAGGAAAAUUUCUGACAUUUUUUCCGAAAAAACAUGAUUUUAAGUUAAACAUUGGUUUAGACCGCAAAUUUUAUUUUUAUUCGUCAGAAAAAAUAUUCGAUUUAUUAAUGUUGAAGCAUUGAUGCGCCAUAAAAGGACGACCUAAAAAUAUUUUAGUUAUAUCUUUUAUACAAAAAAUUCCUAUUAUCCUACGUUAACAUUUUUUUUUGAAAAUUGUGAACUCACCACAUUAUGAAUGUUAACAAAACAAUAAAAAUAUCUAAUUGCGGCCAAAUUAUAGAAGUUAAAUUCUACACGUAUAAGAAUAAGAAUUAUAGUAAAAAUGAUUAGUUAGUUCGACGUAACUCGUGAUUGAUACGAAGAGGAAAAUGAAGUAGGUUUUUUGGAUAAAUAUAAACAAGUGCCAAGCCAUGUAAAGUGUCUUUAUUCUUGAAGAAGAAACAUACUAAGAUAGGAUAAUUUUUUCGAACGAGAUAUUCCAAAAUAUUGUUUGAAUCGUAAAGUGUUUUGUUGUCGAAAAAAUAAAUAUUCAAACAUAUUUUUGGGCUUGAGACUAUACAAACAUUUUCAUACAUUAUUAUAUAUCAUAAUAAAAAAAUACGGAAUUUAUUUAAAAGUAAGCUCAAGAAAAUGAUAAGCCCAAAAAAUCACAUUUAAAUAAUAGUAUAUUUUGUAACAAGUGCGCGAAGCAGUUGAC